GGUUGAGGAGUUGGGACUUGGGAGUCCAAGCAUGAAGUCGUUGCUUAGUAGGGCAGUAAGCCUGCAGCAUCAGUGUUAAAGAGUUAAAUCCAGUUUUUAUGGGACAUAACUUCUGCUGUUGAUAGAAAAAAUUUGCAAAUCAGUCCCGAAAUCUCGAAAAAAUUGGUGUACACUGUACAUACAUUAAAAAAGGGGCCGAAUUGAGAUUCACCUCCUUUUUGGUAGUCACUCGGUUAAAAAUGAAAAAGGAAUGGGGAAGAUAGAAUUCAUAUUUAACAUUUUUUCACGAAAGUCAGCUGCAUCCAAAUACCUAGAGGGAAAAUCUCGGCUCUCUUCAAAAAUCAAUGAUAAAAAUAAUGUAGUCGAUGUACCCACUGUAGUCUUUGAUGUAAUUUCACUACAUAUCACCUGGCAAGUGGCAACGUUGACGGUUGACGGUUUAAGUGAUCUGUCUAUACAUCGAUGGAUCUGUCAUCUGUCACAGUGAUCUGUGGUCCGCUUAGUCCGAACCAAAAUGAAUGCGCGGGAGUUGUGCCGUGGGCUGAGUGUGUACAAAAGUUAACUAGUUCGUAAUUACAUGCACGGUAGUGCGAGUUGAGGAUAUAGCGUGUAGUGUAGCAGUAGAGGUAGCGGCAUGGUCGCGGCGUGGGCGAUGUGGGCGGCGUGGGCGAUGCUGGCGGCGGGCUGGCCGCCGCCGGCGCGCGGGUCGCCGGGCGCGCCCGCCGCCUUCGCGCUGGACAGCACGGUGCUGCUGAACGAGGCGGCGCGGCGCGAGCGCGAGGUCAGCUACAAGAUCCGCGCCGAGCUGCGCGUGCUGCCCGCCGCGCGCGCCGAGCCGCACCACCCGCACGAGCUGCUGAAGUUCGAGCUGGUGUCGCCGCAGCUGCUGUGGCGCGGCAAGCACGCGAACGCGGACUACCUGCCGCUGGCGUCGGCGUGGGACGACCACGCGCACAGCAGCUUCUACGCCCGGCUGAGCGGCGGCCUGGUGCAGCAGCUGUACUUGGACCCCGCCGAGCCCAUCGAUGUUCAGAACUUCAAGAGAUCUCUCGUCAGUUUGUUCCAGCUGCAAGUGUCGGAGGCAGAGAGCAACGAGACGGACGUGUCGGGGGAGUGCGUGGUGCGCUACGAGGCCCCCGCACCCACCACCAUCCGCAAGAUUAAGCGCGGCUGCCGCGCGGCGGGCUGGCCGCAGCACGGCGGCGCGCGCGACGAGCUGCAGUCGCGGCGCCUCACGCGCUACUCGCUGAGCGCCGCGGGCGACGCGCUCGAGGAGGUGUACGCGGAGGAGCUGCACACGCUGGGCGCGGCGGCCGCGGGCGCGGGGCUCAAGGCGCGCGCGUGGGCGCGGCUCACGCGCACGCCGCUCGCGCCCACGGCGCCCACGCCGCUGCCCACGCUGGCGGCCGCGCUGGAGUCGCUGUCGCCCGCGCUGCAGCCCGCGAGCCUCGCCGCCGCGCCGCCCACCGACCUGCACGCCGCGGACGCGCCGCGGCUGAGCGCGGAGGAGCUGGGCGCGCUGGCGGCGCGGGCGGGCGGCGCGGCGCCGGGCGCGGGCGGCUCGCUGACGGCGGCGCGCGCGGCGCUGGCGCUGCUGGACGCGCUGCGCCACGCCGCGCCCGCCGCGCUGGCCGGCCUGCUGCACGACGGCGUCGACGCGGAGCGCCUGUCGGGGCUGUGCGCGGCGCUGGGGCUGGCUGGCAGCGCGGCCGCGCACGGCGCCGCCGCCGCCUUCCUGCGCCUGCGCGAGCGCGACGCGCCGCACCACCUCGCGCACCAGUACUUCGCCGCGCUCGCUCAGGCACCGCACGCACAGGAGGCGGUGCUCGACGACGUGCUGCAGCUGGGCGACGAGCUGCACGACGCCGCGCUCGCCGAGAGCGCGCUGCUGGCCGCCGCCGCCGCCGCGCGCUCCGAGCCCGCCGCGCGCCGCGUGCGCGACGCGCUCGUGCGCGGCCUCGCGCGCUGCGCCGACGACGAGUGCCGUCGCGUGCGCCUCGCCGCGCUCGGCAACCUGCGCCGCGCCGACACCGCCGCGCUGCUGCUGGACCACGCGGCGCGCGGCGGCGCGGCGGCGGGCGCGGCGCUGGACGCGCUCGACGCGCUGCUCACGGCGCGCGGCGCGCUGCCGCCCGAUGCGCCCGCGCGCCUGGAGCGCGUGGCGCUAGACGGCGGCGCGGCGCUGGAGGCGCGCGCGGCGGCGCUCGACCUGCUGCUGCGCGUGGCGGCGCCGGCGCCCUUCUCGCUGCCGCGCGUGCUGCUGCGCCUGCGCGAGCAGCGUGCGCACGAGCUGCAGCGCCUGGCGUGGCAGCGGCUGCACGCGCUGGCACCGCGCCACGAGCCCGUGCGCCUGCUGCUGCGUCUGCUGCCGCCGGCGCUGCGCAGCUGGGACGCGCUCGCGCUGCCGGGCUCGUCGUCGCUGCUGGAGCGCGAGGUAGCGCGCGGCGCAGGCGCGGGCGCAGGCUGGCGCGCGCUGCUGGAGUCGCGGCAGGUGGCGCGCGGCGCGCUGCUGCGGCGCGGCCGCGUGCGGCUGCUGACGUUGACGCCCGACAACCGCACCGACGACACUCUCACCGUGGAGCUGUGGACGCGCGGCCUAGACGCGUUCGCCGGCGCCGCGGCCGAGGGCGAGGGCGAGGGCGAGGCCGAGGCGGAAGAGGCGGGCGGCGGGCUAGCGCUGGGCGUGGGCGGCGCGAGGCUGCGUGCGCUGACUCUGUUCCGCGGCCAGGCCGAGCUGCUAGGCCACGUGUGGGCGGGCACGGCCAGCGAGCCCACGCCCGCGCUGCGCGCGCUUCGCCCCGCGGCCGGCGCGCACGCCGUGCUGCCGCUGCUGGGCGGCGCUGCGCUGCGCUACGAGCGCGCCGCGCUGCUGGCCGCCGCACUGGACGCCGACGCGCAGGUGUCGCUGUGGGCGCGCACGGCGCGCACGCGCCUGCAGCUGCGCUCGGCGCUGGUGGCGCGCGGCCGCGCCUCGGUGCGCGCGGCGUGGGGCGCGCUCACCGCGCACGCGCACAGCGAGCUGGAGCCGCGCCUGCGCAUCGACGCCGACCUCGACUUCUACGACGCCGUCGCGCUCUGCGUGCGCGCGCGCACCGAGGACCACUGGCACAGCUACAACGUGACGCUGACGUCGGAGAUGGGCACGGCGAAGCGGCGCGUGCGACGCUCGCGCACUCAGCGCUGGGCGUGGGCAGGCCGUACGCUGGCGCUGGGCGCGCCCAACGACGCCACGUGCCGCGCUAUGGGCGCCGCGCGCGACUAGCGCCCACGCGCUCACGGCCACGCAAGCGGGAGACAGCCGCGUCGCUCGCUGCGCGCAUGCAUUUAAUACUCUUGUAGAAAUUUUAAAACACUAUUAAUUGAUGAUCAUUUUGAUAAAUUAUUAUUAUUAACCUACAUCAUAAUAUAAUUUAUAUUUUUUGUAACUAUUUAAAGAAUUUCAUCAUGUAAGUAUCGACCUAUGAAUGGGUUCGUAAAUCGUACAGGUAUUGUUAUAUCAAAUUAUAUACCAAAUAAUGUGAGAAACACUGUAAAUAAAAGUAUAUUCAUAAAUUA